CGGCAUUGCCAGAAGAGACCGCGUAGUGUUUCCAAAAUUAUUUUAUGGUCUUUUUCUAUUUAUAAAAUAUAAAAUUUCUUCUGUUGUUCUAUUUCCUUUAUCUUCAAUUCAAUGUUCAGACCUUGCCAUUCUCUUAUUAGGGGUUUUGGAGCAAGAAUAUCUUGAGUAUAUAAUCGAUUUUCUCAUCUGGGUUUCUCCCGUUAGUCUUGAAUUUUGUAGAACUCAGGUUCGUUCCUGAGCUUCUAGGCGAUUGCUUGUUCGAUUUUUGGUUCAAUUGGAUGCCCUAAGCUGUGGCAAUGGAGGAACCGAAGGAAGUGGUGGACCAACUCGUUGAAAUCGUGAAGAUGGUUUCUGGGUUUCCCGAGUGUCGAAACACAUCCAAGAAGAUGUACUGCAAUCUUGUGAGGAGGGUGAAGCUGUUGAGCCCUCUUUUUGAGGAAUUGAAAGACAGAGAGGUGCCUCUGGGCAUGGAAGAGGUUCGAGCUCUGGCAGUGUUGAAGGUCGCCUUGGAGUCGGCAAAGGAGCUUCUUCGAUCGAUUAACGAGGGAAGCAACCUCUAUCAGGCUUUGUACAGAGAUAGAAUCAGAGCUAAGUUCCACAAGGUAACAGAACAAAUUGAGAAGGCACUGAGUCAGAUUUCCUAUGAUAAACUUGAUUUGUCAGAGGAAGUUCAAGAGCAGAUUGAACUCGUGCAUGCUCAAUUCAAAAGGGCAAAGGGAAGAAUGGAUUCGCCGGAUUUCCAACUAUACUUGGAUUUGGCUACAGCACAGAAACUAAAAGACCCUGAUCCAAUCGUUCUAAAAAGACUUUCAGAAAAGCUGCAGCUCAAGACCGUUAAUGAUAUAAAGAAAGAAUCAAUUGCUCUGCACGAAAUGGUUAUCUUCGCCGAUGGAGAUCCAGGAGAAGGCCUUGAGGAUAUGUCAGCUUUGCUCAGAAAACUUAAGGACUGCAUACUCACAGGAUGUUCUGAAGGAGAAACAUCUGAGAAUGACAAGAGCUCUGUUAAGCACAGGUCUCCUGUCAUUCCAGAUGAUUUCCGGUGCCCAAUUUCUCUCGAACUGAUGAAAGAUCCGGUCAUUGUCGCCACUGGGCAGACUUAUGAACGUUCCUGCAUUCAGAAAUGGCUGGAUGCUGGGCACAAGACUUGUCCCAAGACACAGCAGACUCUAUUGCACACAGCCCUAACACCAAACUAUGUGUUGAAGAGCCUCAUUGCUCAGUGGUGCGAGAGCAAUGGUGUAGAACUGCCAAAGAAACAAGGGAGUUGUAGAAACAAGAAGUGUGGAAGCUCUGCAUCAGAUUGUGAUAGAGCAGCCAUCAAUGCAUUACUACAAAAGUUAUCAAACGGGUCACCUGAUGAGCUGAGGGCAGCUGCUGGUGAGCUCCGAUUGCUAGCAAAGAGGAAUGCAGAUAACCGAAUAUGUAUUGCAGAGGCAGGAGUUAUCCCACUGCUUGUAGAAUUACUAUCCUCACCUGAUCCAAGGACGCAAGAGCAUGCUGUCACAGCACUUCUCAAUCUGUCAAUAAAUGAGACCAAUAAAGGUAUUAUUGUUAACGCAGGAGCCAUACCUGAUAUAGUGGAUGUGCUCAGAAAAGGCAGCAUGGAAGCAAGGGAAAAUGCAGCUGCCACCCUUUUCAGUUUGUCUGUCAUAGAUGAGAACAAGGUGGCAAUAGGGGCGGCAGGGGCUAUCCCUGCUCUUAUUGAUCUGCUUUGUGAAGGAAGUCCAAGAGGAAAGAAAGAUGCUGCCACUGCAAUUUUUAACCUAUCAAUUUAUCAGGGAAACAAGGUGAGGGCCGUGAGGGCUGGGAUUGUGGUGCCACUGAUGAAGUUGCUUACAGAUGCUGGUGGAGGGAUGGUGGAUGAGGCACUUGCAAUACUGGCAAUUCUUGCAUGCCACCAAGAAGGCAAGGUAGCAAUUGGUCAGGCUAACGCCAUCCCAGUUCUAGUUGAGGUGAUGAGGUCUGGGUCGCCACGCAACCGGGAGAAUGCUGCUGCUGUUUUGUGGUCACUCUGUACAUGUGAUAUGCAGCAUCUGCAAAUUGCAAGAGAUCAUGGGGCAGAAGAGGCAUUGAAGGAAUUGUCAGAGAAUGGUACAGACCGAGCAAAGAGAAAAGCAGGAAAUCUUCUAGAACUCAUUCGUCGAGCAGUUGAUGUGGGUGGAGACCAUGAAAUCUGAAUCAUCUACUGCAAGAGAUGUCUUCUGCUGCUGUUAGAACCAAUGUAUUUAUGGGUUCUUAAACAGGAAUCCAGUCUCUGUGUAUGCAUCUGUUUUGUGUAUAUGAGGUAAAUUAAAAGAUUGAGUUGUUAAUUUAAUAGAUACUAAGUGAUUCAAAUGUUUAGAAUGAGUGUCUUGUUUCCAGGAAUGUAGAUACAUGCAUUGUUACUGAAGAUCAAGGAAGCAUUGUGAGUGAUGUUUCGAAGUAAAGAUACUUCCCGGUGCCAGAGCAAUAUUAAGAAUAUUAGCAUUUCUCAGCACAUUGCAAUUUGCAAGGA